AAGCAGUUUGUCUACAUUCGGCUUCCGUACAAGGGACUAACGACCAUGCUCGUUUGUAGCUGUAGUUAUGCUAUUGCUUUUUAGUUAUUUCAGUAUGUAGCAACACAUGGAGGAGUCGUGUCAAAAUACAUAAUUACAACAAAAUUUAAAGUACUUUUACAACCUUUAUAAUGGCUGGAAGUCGUCUUGAAAAGUUCGGCACAGUUUUUACACGGGUGCGAGACUUGAUGCGAGCAGGUGUCUUGAAAGAGAAGGACAAGCCAAUUUGGUACGAUGUAUAUGCCGCCUUUCCGCCCAAGAGGGAGCCGCUGUAUGUAAAACCUCGGACCAAGGUGUAUGGAAAACAGUCGGCGGAUACCGUGCCCGACAUAUUUUACAAAGAGGACGCAAUCAGAGCAAAAUUCUUUGAGGUGUACGGGAAUGGGCCCAGGGCUUUUGACCUCAGCAAAGGCAACUUUGUGUCAACCUGUCAAAGGUUCAUUGAGAAAUACCAGGAGCUGGAGGCCCAGGGGCUGCAGGACGAGGACGCUCUGUUUGAGGGGGCAGGGAGAGCGCUCCUCUCUGAAGGCCUCAUUCUGCGACGGAGGGGAGGAGCCACCAUCAGCACCGAAUGAGAAAUUACGUUAAUUAUUCCACAACGAUGGGCUAGAAACGAUAUUAAUUAUUCCAUAACGGUGGGUUAUGAGUCAGAAAUUAUAUUAAUUAUUCCAUAACGAUGGGUUAUGAGUCAGAAAUUAUAUGAAUUAUUCCAUAACGAUGGGUUAUGAGUCAGAAUUUAUAUGAAUUAUUCCAUAACGAUGGGUUAUGAGUCGGUGGGGCAAUUCCAUCUGUUCUGCUACUCCAGACUCAUGAUUUGACAUUUGGAAUCUGAGACCACAGCAGCCGUCGCCAGAUGUUUUAAGACUGUAGUUCAUGCCAAACAAAUUUUCUUCCUGAAAACCUGGGUAAAACAUUCUCAAGUGCUGAUGGCUUUUUUCAUACAUCCUGGCUUGUUGUAUUCGUAAGGUUAACACUGCAAAGUGUGCCAAACGAUUGGGGGGAAAAAGGUAUGAAUAGUUGUGGCGCAUUUUUUUGAACAAAAUAUUUUUCUGUGAGAUUGUAUUAAUAUCAAAUGCAAUUCUUCCUUUUUUGAACUUGCAGCAUAGCUGUACUUGUACCUGCACUGUGCUGUCAUCUGUAAUAAAGGGGUAUAGAUCGUUUUGAAGGGCAUUGCACAUUACAUGACAAUACAGUCUUUUAGUUUCUCCUAUUCUGAGCGACAUACGGAAGUGGAGAAGGGUCAGGGUGACUCUGGAAUACAAAAAUGCCGUAUCGCCAAGGAUGCACAUAGGCCCCUUAAGUGUUAUGUCAACCUAACGAGCAACAAGUUGUAUUGUCACUGUGAAAUCAGCUGGUAGCUUGCUUCCCUGUUUAUGCAGGAGGCAGUGAGGCAUGUGCGGGUUGGGUGACCACUUUAACAACAUUAAAGUUUAAUAUGUCAAAAA